GCAUCAAGCGUGAGACCCCGAAGUGCGGGCUGCUGAAAUGCCGCGAGGAGCCCCCCAAGCUGCUGGGGAACAAAUUUCAGGAGCGCUACUUGGUCAUCCGGGACCGGAGGCUGCUGCUGCUCAAGGAGAAGAGGAGUGCCAAGCCGGAGCGCGAGUGGCCCCUGGAUGCAGCCAAGGUUUACAUGGGCAUUAGGAAGAAGCUGAAGCCACCAGCCCAGUGGGGUUUCACACUGACCCUGGACAAGCAGCAGCUGUACCUGGUGUGCUCGGGGCAGGCUGAGCUGUGGGACUGGACCACCAGCAUCCUUAAGGCUCAGCACGAUGACCUGCACCCUGUGAUCAUGCGCCGGCGCUCCUCCUCCGACCUCGCCAAGCAGAAGUUCGGCACCAUGCCGCUGGUGCCCCUGCACGGGGACAGCACCGACGCCACCAUGCUCUCCGCCAACCAGACCCUGCGCCGCCUGCACACACGAAGGACUUUGUCCAUGUUCUUUCCCAUGAAGAUGCACCAGGACUCCCUGGAAGAGCAGCAGGAGAAGGAGGUGGACACUGAUCCUGUCUACGAGGAGGUGGGCAACUUCCCCGAACUGGCCACGCUGAAGCUGGAGCAGGGGUUGCUGGCAGACUUGUCAGCCGUACCCUCCGUGGACAGGUCCAAGAAGUCAGCCCCAUUCCCCGAGCAGCCUCUGACCGCAGCACUGCGCUCCUCGCUGCCUGCCAGCCCAGCCCAGAGGGUGGCAGGUCCUUCUGUCACCAAAGCCCUGUCCCUCGAAAGGGGCUUGAACCUGGAGAGCGACAAAGCUCCAGCCCAGGGGCUCAGACCCACCAAAACAGCCUCUCUGGAGAGGAACAUGGAGCCUUCCCUGGCACUGGGCUGGGAGCAGACAGCUACACAGGGGAGCAGUCCCAGUGCAGAGACUUCCCUGGAGAUCUCCAGGAAGAGGAACAUGCAGCCUCCCUCACCCAUCAAUGACAAACUCAUCCAGGAGCUCAGCAGCAUCAUCCUCAGGAAGAACGAGGGCCAGCCAUCGGGGCCGGGCCAGCCAGUGACGUGA